UCAAAGAUAAAUCCGAAGUUCUGUGUAAUCAGCCACUCAUCACUGGAAUGAUAACAUAAGUGUGGAAUUAAAAAGAAAACAUAAAUUUUAGUUUAUUGCCGGUAAUAAGUAAAUGCCUUGAUAAUAAAUUAUUUAUGAAACACUUUAGUUGAUAAGCAAAAUUUGGAUCAAUGGAACUGUAUUGUAUUUAAAAUUCAUCAAACAAAGGAUGUUAUUAGUUUCUGAGCUGCAUUGACAUAGGGUGUUAUGAUUGCAUUGUUCUGAGAUUAAAAUGCCUGAAUUUUUAAAGUGCGUUGGGAUAUAAAAACAAACAUUUUUAAGUUGUUAUUUUGCUGGUGGUAAAAAACACGAAAAACUAUUGUAAGUUGAAACAAUAAAUUGUGACAAAAUGUUUGCAAUCUUGGACCUGUUAGCUACAUGUAACUAUUUUCAUGUGAAAGAUUCAUUUGGAUAUAAAAUAAAGAAAUUUCAAUAAGAAAAAAACUGCUAAUAAAGUGUGUGUUUUACUUAAAUAUGGAAGUCAACAGUCAUGGAAGUGCAGUAUAGUUGUUAAUGAGAACUAAACUUUGGAAACAUAAUGCUUCAUUUGUUGAAAAGUAAAUAUGAUCCUUUUGUUGGUGGGAGUUUGAAUGUGUACCUCAACUGGGUUAACUCUGUUCUCAGUGGCCAUGGCAACAUGGUCUGCACCGGGGUGGCGACCAUACAGGAGGGCAAGGUCAUCUGUCAGCUGAUUGAUGCGCUGUGUCCUGACGCAGACCUUCAGCACAAAGUGCAGGAGUCGGGCCUGGUGUCCAAUCAGAGUUACCUGAGGACUGCACUGGACCAUAUGAGAAGUCAUGGGAUCAAGUUUCAUUUCACACCUCAAGAUGUAUUAGAUGGUGACAUCAAAUCUAUCCUGGACAUUCUAUGGUUAAUUAUCCUGAACUACGGAGUGCACAUAAUAGGAAGCAGUCCGUACCAGCGCAGCGUGGGUAUAGGAAAGAAGCUGCUGCUUGACUGGUGUCAGCGGGAACUAGGUGUGGAAUUCGAUCCACAGAAUUCUCUUACACACAAUCUUUGUUCAGGUGAUUGGUUUCUGAAACUGCUGGCAAAGAGCUCUGGAGCUCCACUAAGUGGUGAUGACAGAGAACAAAAUCUAAAGCGACAACUUGCAGCCAUUGAACACAAGUACGGAAUAAAGCAAGCCUUAAUCAGUCCCAGUGAUAUAACAGAAGGUACAGCAGAUGAACACACAUUGAUGAUAUAUAUCUCACUACUCAGACUCAAGAUUGGUGAUAGUGUUGAUCUACCAGAGAGGUCAUCAAGAGAGUCAUCCCCCCAGGCCUCAGACAAAGUCUCCACGGUUAAAGAAGUACCGGUUAUUGUGCUAUCAAAAGCAGGGGAGGAACGAUCUACCAGUUUUUCCCCGCCAAGGCCAGGUUCCCCUAAUUCAUCUCCUACGCAGUCACCUCCCAGAAAAAGAAGUCCAGAAACCGAUCCCGAAACAUCUGAUUGGCUAUCGCAGUCUUCCGAAUCCCCGAUAUCAUCGUACCAUGAAAAGUUAUCUGGACCUCACACACCGGACAUUUUGCCUGAAGUGGAGAGUCUGAUAAAAGAGACGAUUAGUAAACACAUCGAGGCAGCUAUUUCUCCCAGUGCAGAAGGGAUGCAAAAGCAAGAGAAUCAUAGUGCUCAUGGAAGUAGAAUUCCUGUACGAGUAAAGCAGUCAGAUGAAUCACAUGGGACUUCAAGUAGUCCAACUAGAGUAGAAAUAGAUAAAGACGGACCAGUUUCAAGUAGGAAAAUUUCUAUUAAAGUACAGAGACCCAGAAGUCCAAAUAGUAUAAUGGCUGAGGCAAGAGCUAGACAGGAACAGGAGAGAGAAAGGAGAAAAAGAGAAAAGGAUGAGCAUGAGAAACUGAAGAAAAGAGAGAGUGAAAAGGAUGAGACUGCAAUGACUGGCAGUGCAAGCGAAGGUGGUGAAAUGACUGAGCUAGGCGCUAGAUUGAAGCAUGACAUAGAUCCUUUAAAGUCUGAUGAUGAGGAUAUAGUGAAACCAAAGUCCAGUGUAUCUCUUAAUAACAUUCCUGACUUUGCUCGAUUGAAUGGAGAUGCUCAUAAUGGCGUUCCAGUGUUUGUAAUGCCAGGUAAAAAGCAUGAUAUGGAGUUAUUGUUGGAGGCCUUACGUCACGCUCGCACUGAAGCCAGUGUGCAGGAUCAGUUAAUACAAAGUGGACCAUCAGAUGAUCCAGAGUUCAAACAAGUCAUAGAUAAAAAUAUUGAGCAGCUUGAGGCUCAGCUGGCUGCUGUGAAAGCUCAGUCAAAGGAGAUUUUUAAUGGGCCUGAAAAAAGACCAGAUGAAAGUAAUGGAACCAGAGGUAGGAAGCCUUCGAGAGAGACAUCCAGAAGAAGCCCUGGACGCAGCCCCCCAAGGGGAAUCCUGGAUUUAAUGGCUAACCAGGACAUUAGGUCUGAAGAGACCUCCCCCAAGGAACGAGAAGAUGAACAAACUACUCCUCACGGGAUUCUUAGAAAUCGAAUGAGAUCACCCACAGAUCAUGCCCGAAGAUUCACUGAGGACAGCGAGAGGGUUAGAGAAGGUUCCACUAGUCCUGAUAAGCGAAGGUCUGUUUCCCCUUACCAUAAUGGGCAUGAACGAGAUUUAGACCAAGAUCCUGACAAACGGCUUAUUAAGUUCCUUACAAAUGAAAUUGAAAACAUGAAGUUGAAGAUGGCAGUCAUGGAACAGAAGAGUGCACAAAGAUCGCUGAGCCCGUAUAGUGCUGCCCCUAGGGUGACCAGCGGGCUGCCUGACAGGGAACGAGAUAGGAGCCCAGCUCAAAUUAGCUCAAGGGCCCGAGCCCGGUUCAGUGAGUAUGGUACAGAGGGUAGUUAUUCUCCUACAAGAAGGGCAAGGUCAACUGACCUAAUUGAUGAGAUAAGGUCAAGGUCACCACGUUUUGAAAGUCCCAGCAGGUCCUUGUCAAGGUCGCCGGCAAGGUCCCCAGUGGGCGUGUCCAGAUCUAGAACUCCAGAGUUGUAUUCAAGGGAGAGAAUUCGACCAGUUUCACCAUCUGCCAGAGUUUUAAGCUUGCAAGAUUUGUCUACCUCUAUAACUGAUGAUAUUGAUGGGAACUUGACAUUUUCACCAGCCAGUGGGGCCAGACCUGUGAAUCUAGGGUACAGUAGUCCCAUAAGAAAAGUGAAUGAUGAGAUCUGGGGUCAUGGACAAACAGAAGAAGAGUAUUAUGCCGACACUGCCAAAUACGACAGCUGGAAAAGACUGAUCUCAAGAGAAACUGUCACUGAUGAAGAUUCACUGGAGUUGAAACAAGCCUUGGCUUCUGCCCUUGUUGAGUUAAAUAUUGUCACAGCUAAACUUAAAAAUGCUAAUUCAGAUAUUAAAGAUAAAAUGGCCAAAACAUCAGAUGUUCUGAAUGACUGCCGAGCACAAAUUUCGAAGUCUCAAGCUGAAAAUGCAGAACUGAGAUCACAGAUUGAGCGCGAGAAAACAAAGGCGGAGUCGCAGGAAAUGCGUAUAAAGGAGAUGGAAAAGAAUCUGCAUAGCGCAAAAACAAGUCAGGAUGACAAGACCCUUGACCUUGAGGAGUCUGUGAUGACCUUGAAAGGCAUAAUUAACCUGGACAAGACACAGAUGACUCAACUGGAGGAAGAAAACGACAAACUCCGCAAACGCAUCUCGGAGUUUCAGCGGGAAAACAUCAAACUACGAGAGAUUGCGUCCUAUGCUCUAAAGGAUUUCAAUGAGCUCAAAAUCUACAAUGAUAAAGCCCAGCAGACAAUAAAGGACCUAAAGACAUGUCUUGAAGACGCAAGGACUGAACGUACGCAGUUUGUGACUGAAAUCAAGAAGCUUAAAGAGCAAGGCAUGAACAACAAGAUCAAUUCCAUCGUGAACACGUUUGUAGAGAAAGGCAUUUACGAGGAUGCAGAAAAAGAUCACCUGGUUGAAAGGUCAAGGGCUCGUUCUCCAUCUCCAGUGCGAUUUAACCGACCUCGAAGCACCUCACCGGUAUUUUCUCGACCUGUUACGCCUUUACAUUCCAUUAGUCCAAUUCACAAGCCCGAUCUGAGUUACACGAUGUCGUACACGCCCAUGUCAAGGUCACAGACCCCAAUUCCCAGCAGCUUCAAUUUUGAGGACGUCUCGCCUGACGACGGUCGACCAAUUUAUCCACACCGUCGAACACUUUCAUACAUGAAGAAAUUUGGGUCCCACAAUGAUGUGUCUGCAACUCAAGUGGAUUUAAAUGAUCCUGAAAUCCAAGAGCUGCUGAAACCUAAAGGAAAGCUAGAAUAUGACCUAGACCUCAAUGAUAACCAGUACAAAGAAGAAAAAGAAAGUCAGUCAGAAAAGCGUAAAUUGUUGUACAGCCCUUACAUGGAUAAAGAUUUUAUUCCAAAGUCAGGGCACAGUCAUUAUGAGAAAGAUUACGAAAACGAAAAACCGUCACCAGAAAGUAAGUCCAGUCCAGCGUAUUUUUCAACUAGUCAGAGAAAAUCUUCUAUCGAGGAUGACUGGGAAAGCAAACAGUUUAUACAAGCCCUGGACUCAGCAGUGAAACAGACACCUGCUCAACUGGCAAAUCAGCGUUUCCUUCAGGAGCUAGACAGAUCAUCAACCGGUGAACACACUUCUCCUGAUAGAUGGCGCUCACCUUCGAAAGGAAUUCUGAAAAAUACAAAAAUGGCCCAGAAUAUGUCAAUAAAAGAGAGUAUGCCUUUAAAAAGGUCUAUGGAGUCUAGGUCAUAUUCACCUGCAGUGAGAUCAGGCACUUAUUCUCCAAGGUCACCAAGGUCAUUCACCCCUGAGUCAAGGUCAUACUCGUCACCUUCCCCAGUCAGGUCUUACGGAGCAAGCACUCCGCAGGCAAGGUCAUAUUCGCCAGCAACUGAGAGAACUAGGUCACAGUCACCUAGAACAAUGGCUCAGAGGUCUUAUUCCCCAGGUAGCACUGCAUUGUCUCCUGGCGAUCGUUUCCGUAGCAACCCUAUGAGAGAUAGUGGUUACAGCACACCAACCUAUCCUAGGACCCGGAAUCCAGAAAGCCGCGACUAUGCAAGCGGGCCCAAAACGCCCACACGACAAAAUAACAUGGGCCCCUCUUGUGGACUCCUGUCAGAGGAGGAACGACGCCAUGAAGUUAUCAACAUUCAAGAGAGCUACCAGAAAACACACAGCCUAGAACCAAGUGACCUUUGGUGCUAACGUUCACAUUUUCC